CAGAGAUUGAUUUCUUAUCCUUAAAGCACACGAGAAAUCUAGUCAUUAUCUCUGUUAAAAGCAACAUUGUUUUUGUUUACGCUAAAAUCGUAGGCGUAUUCCUACAAAGGCGAAGUAGGCAAAGCCGUAGGAUGACUUACACCGAUAAAAGGAAAUUCAAUACGGUUGUCGAAGAUCAGCCAGUCGCGAUGAGAGACUUAUAUGAAAGUAUAUUCCAUUCUGAAGGCUUGCAAGGGAAACACGACAGAGCAGAACUGUGUGAGGCCAGCUUGUACCGCCGGCGGAGAUCUAUUACAAAAAUAUUCCGCAACAGCAAAUACGCGCCGGGCCUGGACGACAUCGAAGAAAUGGACGAAAGCUUAGCUGAAAAUGGCACACAUGUUAGGACGUCGAGCCCAACGACAAUGUCCUUGCAUUCUUUACAUAAGGAACGAAUCAGGAAUACAAGGGGAAAGACUAGGAGAUCGAGGUCAAGAAAAAUGUCGACGCGCUCGAGUUUGGAUGCACUUCCAGAGUCAUAAAAUCUGAUGUAAUAUUAUGCCGCGGUAGCUGUAGAAAUAUGUACGUUGGUUUGUAAAGUAAGGAGAAUUUUGUGAACGUUGAAUCUAGAAUUUAACAAGGAAACGAACAGAUUAUGGUAUUAAAGCUUAAGGAAUCGCCCCUCUCGUAGAACGAAUAGAAUGCUGUCGAAAUAGGGACAAGAUAGCUGAAUAUAAAGAUUAAUGUGUUAUAACUUCGAACGUAGGUGUUAUAUUACAACACUCGGAAUAUAAACUAUGCUACGGAAUUACAGUCAAACACUGGAAUACUAAUUAUGUCACGCUACGGUUCACCGAACUUUUACUUUGUAUCAAGAUGUGAAUUUCCAACUAAACACAAUUUAUAUGUGUUUAACAUCGGUAAAACGUGGACAAAAAAAAACAAAAUUGGCUUUGCCAACUGUAGAAACGAGGGGACAUUGGAACAGCAGUACCCUCAAUUUUAAACUUACUAAAAUCUCAAUAAUUUACAUGUAUGGAAUUCGGAAUUCAAUGCAUCUCGUGGCAUGUGUCUUUGUCUCUGUUGAUAAACAUUGACAUAAAUUCGAGUAAACGUUGCUAUAAAUGGAAACGAAGGAAAAUGUUUGAAUUUUUUAAGCACUUUAAAACAAAUAUCACUCUUCAGUCAGGAAGAGUAAGGACUAAGGCGUUUGGCUAAACGGCUAAAAACAUCAAAAUAUUUACAAGGAAAUAGAUUCGAUAUAGGUUAUUCACUUAUUCUAGAAUGAAUUUAAUGUUAAAUUUUGCUGAGUAAGCGGUCACCAGGAAAAUUAGCAUAAAUAGCAAAAACAAGUCAUAUGAGUCACGAGACAUUCCGUGAUGUGAAGAAUUUGGCGCCAAUUCAGAGUGGCGAAUAUUGGCCAAAACGGAAACUUGAUGUUUUGGUUACGCUAUAUUCGCUCACGUAUUUGCGCCGAAAUCUUGUAAUGUUUUAAAAUAACUAUAUACAUUAUAUGCUUACAUUUUUUCCUCCACGUAAAUUUUGGUAUAGUUUAUAUAUGCUGUAGUUUUGUGUUGGUAGCGAACUUGAAAAGACGAAAAAAUAUCUUACAAAAAAAAUGUUAAAAGUAAUAUAUAUUUCAAAUAUAAAUAGUAUUUAUUUCGCAAUUUUGUAAAAUAGUUUUGUAAAAUUCAAAUAGGUAUCUGUAAAUAUUUUGUUACAGUAAAAAAUCAAAAAAGAACAUUAAAAUAGUUUAUAGUAAUUGCUUUGUUGUGUGAUAUGCGGAAUUCGGCUGUAGUGUAGAAACUUCCCAAUUUAAGCCUGUCAAAAGUAACAGGACUAUUAUGAAAAAUAAUUAAAAAUAUAAGAUUACUUCGCUAAUGAAAAAAUGGGAACCAUGCGAUCAGUGUUGCUAGCAAUGCUAGGAUGUCAUCUAACCUAAAAUAUAUUUGCCUGUUUUCAAUACGCAAAACAAUGGUUGCUGACUUGCACUUUUAGCCCAGCCAAACACCGCCUUGGCACUUGGCCACAGGAAUGGAAUAACAGGCAGUAAUUAAUGCCCUAACCCAUAAUCAAUAGAA